UCAAAGACACGAUUACAAUGUCAUUGUAUGGAAUUAAAUGCAAUAUGUUUUGGCAUACGAAAUCACUCAUUUUUAUACCUUUGAUAUGAAAAAAUGUGCAGAAAUCGACCUAGAUAUUCACUUUAAAUAGUAUCCAAAGUAUGUUGUUAGUGUCAAAGAUUUUAACUAUGUUGUUGACUGGUUUAUCCUUUAAAUUUAUGAUAUGAAGUUGACUGCAACAUUCAGCAAAGAGUUAACAUAUAGUAGAGAGCAACUUCCAUUCAAAAUAUAAGUGCUUUUCAUAUAAAUAUGUGCGGAAAAACAAUGCUUUUUUCCAGAGCUACACAAAAAUAGAAGGUAUUGACAUGCAAAAGACUGGAUAAAGUUUUGAGCAAUUCGACACCCAUUUUGAUCGUAAUUUUAAUGUUCAUGAACUCAAAUGUAUGUAUUAAUCACAGUUUUAAUCUACUUGAAGAGAAAAGUUGAAAUAUAAUGACAAAAACAGACUAAAAACAUUGUUGGAAACAAUGCAACAUUACUGGACAAUUUUGAUCACAUGACCUACUUUUCCGUAGAAAGAGGGAGAAGAUCGCUCAAUAAUAAAACGCCUAACGACGAAGUGUUUCGUUCGAAGACGGCAAAUGUUAAGAGAUGGAAGAGGUUUGCUUGGAAUGCAUUCACUGCAACAAAAUCUAAAUGCCUCCUAGAAAGAGAAGACAGAGUGUUCACGGCGAAGAAGUGGUUAAAGAAAGCGGAGAAAGGCAAACCAACUCUGCUGAGUUAUCAGAUUGUCUGAAAUCUGUGAAAACUGAAGAGAAAUCAGCAGAAUGCAUUGUUGAAAAGCGAAUAGUCUGUCGGCAACCGAGUAAGCAGGAACCAGAUGAACAGUUGUCAGUGGAUGGUGAAAGCAAAUGUUCAGGAAAAACAAUACCUGCAGUUGAGGGGACGGGCAAGCAGCCAACUCGCUUUAGCACCAGGAUUGUAAAGAGACCACGGAGGGAUUUAAGUCCACCUGAGUCACCAGUAAAAAAAGUUGGUAGAAAGUUAGCAGCUACAUCAGACUCUGUAUCCACGACUCCAGAAACAAAAAGCAAGCGGCAGUGGGAACUGUGGAGUGUCGAAGAUAAGGAUAGCUUCUUCGAGGGACUUUGUGAGUAUGGGAAGGACUUUGAAAGCAUUCACAACCUGAUUGUGGCCAAGUGUAGGAAGAAGAGCAUGGCGAUGCCGCUGACAGCCGUAAAGAACAAGGAGCAGGUGCGCCACUUCUACUACCGAACCUGGCACAAGAUCUCAAAACUCAUACAGCCUGUGGAAGACUUGAAGAAGGAUAUCCAGGAACUGUAUGGGCUUAUCAGCUACGGUGUAAUGAGGAAGAAACUCAGGGGAGGUGUGAACCCAAAUGACAAGAACUGGCAGAAAUUGAAUGACCUUGUCCACCAUGGGGCUGCAACUAUCAAGGUUAAAGGCAAAAGAAUAAGGGUGAAAACUCCAGUGUGUAAUGCUUUGAAAAAGUUAAAUUCCUAUGAAGAGCCUCGGAGAGAGCCAGGACCUAAAGUUCCGGAGAAGAUAACGGUGGAAUUCCGUCCCCGUAGUAACGUUGCCUGGCAGCAUGUGCAGGAUCAAGCCAACAACCCACGUGUUCGGGUGACGGUCCGCCCAGACAGGCACCUUCACUCUAUCGUGAAAUACCUUGAACAGAAAUGGAAGACAACUAGGCUGAAACAUAAAGAGAAACUUAACAGCCUGGAAGCUCCGAGCCAGGAGUUUCGAGUGUACCCAGGUAAGGGUGCCACUCUAAAGGUUGUGACCCUGGAGCCCAUUGACGACCCGGUCCUGCAUUUCAGCCUGAAUAAGCACUGCAAGGAGACCACAUGCAGUCCCAGUGGUGGAAAGCGCAAGAUACCAAAAGAUGCUCCAAGCCGACAAGGUUCUGUAGCCAGUAUAUGUACGGAGGUUCCUUCAAGGUCAGAACAGUGCCAGUGUGCUGAUACAUGUAACACAUGCUCAUUGAGGAACCAUGGCGAUGAAGACAGUGUAGCGGGAAAGGGAAUUCCCCGUACCUGUAUGUGUACAUGCAAUAGAAUCACAGACGAAGCCUUAUGCAGAAAAUCAUUACAUCUCAGUGAUAGAAUUUUGAUGAAUUCUUUGACAACAGAAGUUGGGGUAUUUGAUAGUGUGGGGACGGAUAAUGAAGACAAAUGUGAUAAAGUUACUGUCGAUGCUACGCAUGUAGAAAAAAAUAACAGUGUUACUUUGGAUGCUAAGGGGCAUGCAUGUAUGUCUCCUGCUGUGAGGAUCUCAUCUAAUGAAGUAAGUGCUAUAGCUGAUGGAGAAAAUGCAAUGUUUCCAGAUUCUAUAGACACAGAAAUUGUCAAAAUUGACCUAAGCAGCCCUAAUUCAGCCGGUACAUGUACAUCAGCAAAUGUUUCAUAUGAGGAAGCAGAAAGUGAGGGAGAAGGUGGCAGAAAACCAGUUAGUGCAAGUGAGAUUAAUUCUAGUCACGAGAAUUUGAAAAAACUUUUUACAAAAAUGUUUGAAAAAGGGUGGAGUGUAAUAGAUAGCACAGAUAUUACUGUUGCGCAGCUGUACUUAAUGUUCGGUGGGGAGGGCGAGGUGAAGCUGGAAUAUGAUUGGCUGAGUCUGCAAAAAGAAGAGGAAGCCUUGGAAGAUGAGCUUCUGAUGACCCUGAACAACAUGUUACGACGCUUGUCUCAUCUCGCUACCAUGGAGAUUACAGAUUUCUCUAAAACAACUGGAGCAAAUAUGACCUGCCAGCUGUGUGGUCACAAUCCUGGGGCUAAGACCAAACCCAAGGGUCGGAGCCCGACAGGGGUGGCAAAGAAAUCAGGCAAGGAUGUGUCCUGUCAGACUCUCGGGCUACAGAUAACUGAUUUUCCCCUCCACCCUGGGGCAUUACCUGUCACCAGUCAGAAUGGUGUGUUCCGGAUCCCCGCCCAGCCUUCCAAGUCUGUCAUACCAACUAACACUGUUAAUGUUAUGUCUGCUCGUGAGAUGAUACAGAAAUAUAACCCUGUGAACACUAAUAAGCCCUUCAUGCGUCGCAAGCUGAAGCCAUUACGAGGUCGAGGAGGUGCGACACAAAGCAGCCUCAUUCAGCGAACCAUCCUGCCAAAGAAUUCCGAAUACAUUGCAAUCAUCCCCAUGGUCCCAGGCACCCAGAUACCCAACAAUCCGCCCACUUCCGGGGAGGGCGUCACCCAGACCAUUAUCGGACACCCAAUCAAGGGUAUCCAGUCUGUGCCCGUGUCUACUGUCGUUCCGGGCUCUCCAGUUGGGCUGAGUGGGCAUUCCAGUAGUAUAAGCACAGUGUGUACAACGUUGACGUCAUCACCCGGCUCUCGGCCUCUGUCGCCUAAUGUCAGUUUCUCCAACAUUUCUCUCAACGGUGAUGAGACACUCCUUCAUAUCCCAGAUUCACAUCUUGGUUCCAUGUCUCCACGCUCCCUGAAGGCUGCUGGCAUGUCAGCGGUUCGGGAGACUCGAAGCCCUGCCUCGGUGGUGAUGACCUCGGUGUUUUCUAGCCCCACCCGACUAGGUCACACUGUGUCUGCCCCUGUCAGUCCCCCCAACUUGUCUGCACUGCUGGAUAUCUCCCUCACCACUACUGACCUUGAGGGAGACACAACUUUCUCCAGCCUCCUGGGUGACAACUCCAAGCCGCAAACACUUGACCCCGGCUUGGCCACACCACCUAUGCGCUUGGCUGACGCCGAGACCCGCCGCCAUAUUCCCCUUCACAGUCCCCCUGUCAGAAACCUGUUUCGAACCUCUUCACCAGAACAGCAGUGGCUCAAUGGAGAUGUGCAGGACCUGUCUCUCACAAGCCUGUUGGAUUCCCCCUGUAAGACGUCCACAGGAGGUGGGGCUUCAGGGUUCACCACCACUCUUCCCCUGUCCAUCUUCAGCGAUAACUCACGAGACUUCCACACACAUAAAAAUGAGGUGGAUUCUUCGCUACAGUGUAUGAUGCAGGAAAGCAGUAUUGACUACUCCAGGAAAUUUCAAGAUCUUGAGGAACUUGUUAAGUUCGAUAUCGCAAAUGAACAGACAACAACCAGCAGCGAACAGCACUGUGGGGAAACAUAUACUAUGCAAACUGGCCAGGGAGGGUUUAUUACUGUGCAGAUUGGCCACAGUGGGCCUAAGACAGUUAUUGAAAAGCAGGUGCCAAUUUCUGAACAAGAUCCAAAUAGAAAUCCUACAUGAGAUUGCAAAUCGUGAACAUUUUAUGGAAAAACGAGCAUUUAAUUAGUUGUUGGGAUUAGCUUAGUGAGUUAAACAUGAGGUGAUAAAGCCUAGGAAGGUUAUCAAAUGGCUGGUGGUAAUUUCUGUUAAAUAUUCCAAAUAGAAAUCCAACCUGAGUUUGUUAAUGUUAAACAUGAAAACCAGUUUUACAAAGGAAAGGGCAUUUGUUUAAUUUUCUUGAUAAAACCUGUCCAGUAUUGUUAAAUUUUUUAAUGAAAGUACCAUGAAAAGGUUAUUUCUUCCGCACAAAUGCAUUUACCUUCACAUGCAUACAUACCUUGUUCAGGUUUCUCAGGCAGUCAUUUCAAAUAUCUGUCUACUUAUAUUGUAAAUGGCAUUAUGAAUGAAACUUGCACAGUAUGAACAUCAUCCACUUGAAUAUACAUGAUUACAUCUCUCUGGAGUCCUUGUAAUUGUGAUCUUUGGCCUACCAACAUGAAAUGCAGUACAUAUCAAUAGAAAAAAAUGGUUAUCAUUAGGACAGUGAUUCACAUAAAAGGAAAUCAUUCAUGUUUUGUAGGGUCAGACAUCAACAUUAUAGUGUGAAAUGUAAACAAAAGCCUUGCUGUAUUGAUAAUUUAUCAUCGAGUAUUGAAAUAUUUGGCAAAAUAAUCUAGUAAUUUUAGAAUGCAAUAUUCUAUGCCUGGAUUUACCAAUUUUUUGUUUAAGUGAUGUACUGAUAUGCCAGCUGCAGUUUGGUGUUUGUUUAUUUGGAAAAAUUGUUGUCAACUUAAAUUUUUUGAUUGAGUCACUUUAAGCUAUUUCGACAAUGACAACUUUAAUUAUGAGAAAUGAAUGCUAAAAACAUCUUUGUACAUUCAUUUUGUACAAAUUUUUGUUAUAUUUGUAUUUCUUUACAUUCAAGUUAGCAACAAGUGUUAUCAUUAAGGCAAAGGUACUUGUGUUAUUAUAAUUUAAAAUUGACUAUUAGAUUUUAAAUUUGCCAGUAUUAUUUUGUUUAGUUUAUGGAAAUAAUCCAAGUUUAGUUAAAUGGUUGCUUGUUUUACUUUUAUUUCUCUUUUGUUAGCUUUGGGUAGUUUCCAACAGGUACACAUAUCUUGAAUGUUCAAAAUGAAUUUAAAGAUCAACUUCAAUAAAUUAAAUUUAAUAUUGUUGCAAUUUCUUUCAAAGUCAUUAAAAAACGAGAUUUCAUACACAUGGAAAAUAGUUUUGGAUUAAUAAUCUCAAUUUUGUUAAUUUCCUUAUUGAGGUAAAUUCAGAAAUCUGCACAUAUUAUAUUACCAAGUCUUUAUAUUGGAGCAUCAGUAUGCAACAUCAGUUUAAAAAGUAUGUGCCUUCAUAUAACUCAUUAUUUAACUCAUUAUGGUUUCAAUUUUUUCCUCAUAAUUGAGCCUGUGUGUUUUGCCAAUAAAAUAUAAAUGGUAUUGUCAUAACCUAUUAUUGAUGUGCAAGACUCUUGGCCAUGACAAAGAAACUUACUAUAUAUAUAUAUAUAUAUAAUCUAUAUUAAAGAUUAAUUAGGAAAACAACCUGAUAUACAUAUGCAUAAUGACAAUAGUAAGUCUCAUAGCUCUGGCUAAAGUAAUUGUUGGAAUAUGCCCCUUGGUCGUCUGGAAAAAAACACAAGGGGCAAGUGUUGACAUUUAUAUUGAAAUGAUAGUGUUCAGUCAGAACAGGCUCCGAUUUCUCAACAAAUCUUAAAUAGUAUGUAAUGUUAAAGUACCUUGAUAUUUUUAUUUAGACAAAAUGCUUACUUAAAGCUUAAAGGCUCGUUUCAAGACAAAAAAAGACAAAAAAGUUGUCAAAACUUUCAAUCCGUGAGAGUGCAGCUUUAUACUUUAUUUCACACAAAAAAAAGUAGUUUAUAUUUAUGCAUAAUUUGGUUCAAGUUAACUGAAUAUGCCCAAGGACAUAGUAAUUUUCUUUUGUAUUUUUCUGCAACCAUUAAUAAUCUUUAAUAUUUGAUAAUGAAACACAAUGUUGCACUUUUUUUACAUCUGUGAAAGAAUAUACUUCUUUUUAUUAAACGUUUCAUAGAUUUACAUAAUGUUAGUUACCUUAUUAAUUCUACCAGUAUUACACAUACUGUUGAUUAUCUACUGUAAGAGGCUAAACAACAUAUUGGUGUUGUCCGUCAAUAACUUAAGAAGUCUUGGUUUAAAUCAUAACCAAAUUUGGGCAGAAUGUGUAUGGGCAGAAUAUAUCGGUCAGGUUCAAUAACCAGCCAUGUCGCCUCCGUUAAUCCAGAGUUAUGGCCCUUGAAUUGGCACAACUGUAUUAACUAUGUCCGCCCUCAAUUUGGCUAAACCUACCACCACUUAUCACUAAACUUGGUGUCCUUUACGUAUCUUGUGAUACUUGAAGUUAUUGUUCAUUAUUAUGAUAUUAAAACAAAUAUAUAUAGAUUGUGCUCAAGGUUAUAUAUAUAUAUAAACAAAAAUAGUAGGCCAAGCCUGUUCCUGUUAAGGUACUGAAGAUUAUUCGAGAAAUUGGAGCCUGGCCACUUUCUUCUUGAAACUAUUAAUUUUGGUUUUUGCAACAUAAAUAUGCACAUAGAUUGGUAAUUUUAAAUGUUCGCAUAUUUUACAAAUUUUGCAAUACACAUUCACUUCCUAUGCUAAUUGAAUAGUGUUUUUGUACAUUAUCAUGGCCUUAGACAAUAUUAUUAGUUAAGGCUGAUUUAUUUUCAUGGAUUUUAUAUUUUCCUGACAGUCCCCUCAAUAUUUGGACGUUUGAUUCUAUUAAGCCUUGUUUUUAUGCAACAGAUAUGGUUGCUUGUUUUAAUUUUGGAUUCUUUUUGUUAUGUAUUUAUUCUGUUGAAACAAAUAAAAACAAAAGCUUG